UUAACUCCCAAGUAGAAGAUGAUAAAAGUACGUAACGAACUCGGUGAAUCCCCCUGCUACCUCUGUGAUUUUGCGUGCAGCACAAAACAGAAACUAGCUUACCACACCUUUACAGUUCACAACACACCUCAGAGUUUGAUUUGCAGCUACUGUCAGUUCAAGUUCAAAGAUGUCUCAUCUGUUAGGAGGCAUAUCCGCACAGUUCACAUCAACGCUAAAGAUUACAUGUGUACUUACUGCAACAAGAAAUACAAACACAAAUAUGAUCUGGAGAAACACUUUUCCAAGAUUCACAAGACAAGACCAAUGGAGGGGCAAAACUUCUGCUCUGAGUGUAAACUACUCUGCUUUGGGUGGGAACAGCUCAAGAAACAUUACCUGGACGCUCAUGGUAAAACAAUACAACAUAUAAAGUGUCCCCAAUGUUAUAAGAUCUUCUUUGAUGUGAUGUAUUUGAAGCAGCAUUUCAAACGGGUCCAUAACAACAAGACUAUGAGUGUUGUCUACUGCCAGCACUGUGGAGCAGUGUUUGAAGAAGACACAGCGCUAGUCCGGCACAUGGAAGAAAAACACUUCUGGAACGGAGAAAGUGCCGUGUUCUGCCGGGAGGACCAGUGUGACGAACUGUUUGAGGACAUGUCCGAGCUGGAGACUCAUAUUCAGGCGGUUCACAAGGGUAGUAAAAGAGUUCGAGUAUCCCCUACCUCAUAUUGUAGUGGUACCGAGUCAGAUUGUCCAGUUUGUUCAGAUACUCAGCCUUCCAAAUUACAGUUAGUAGCACAUUUGACGGAGAGUCACCAUUGGAGAUCAGUUAUGGAAUGUCAAAAAUGUUACAAACUAUUCCCCACGUGCGCAGAAGUUCAGGAGCAUUUAAACUCACACUGUUUGGAACCUGAAGAUGCGCCUCUCUUACCGAGCGGGAAACAUUCCAUCCUGAAGAAGAGAUUGCUGAAGAGGAAGAAUAUUAAAGACCUGUCACGUGACUUGGAACCUAGAUUCUUUGUGGGCUUCGUCCGGCUGGACGAUCAGAAGGAGCCCGCGUUGCAAGAAGAGGUCGAAGUGGAAACGAACAAUGGAGAAGGGAGCAGUUACCAUGAUGACGCAGAACAACCAAGUUACCAUGACGAUGCAGAACAAUCUAGCUACCAAGACGAUGCAGAACAGUCUAGUUACCAUGAAAAUAGCUCUGCGCAUUUCCACGAAGACGAACAAUACCAUGACAACCCUGACAGCGACGGUUGCCAUGACAAUACUGAUAGUUGCCAUGGCAACGCUGGUGCAUGUCAUAAUGGGGAGUGUGGUGACUGUACUCAGCAUGAAGUUGGGACAAAGAGACGGUUCAGUGUGCGCCAGAAAGAAGAAGAAAGGGAAGAAGAGGAAGGCGUCAAAGUCAAGAGAAAAGUUAAAGCAACCACUACGGAAAGGAAACGGGUUUUAAGAAAGCUACCUUCCACAUGAUGGGUUAUCAAUAUAAGAAUAUAUUUGUUAUGUAUCAUGGAGAUAAUAACAAAAUCUACAGAAGUGGGAAUUAGAUCUGCCAGUAGUGACAGUUCACAUUAGUUUAAUUGAUUAUUAUAAUUAUUAAUUUAAUUAAUGAUUUUUUGGGAUUACAGAUAUGGGUCAAACUUAGAUUCGCUGAAAGUUUCUGCGUCUAGUUCUUAUAUUCUUAUAUAAGCCGCAAAAUCAAUUUAAUUUUUUUAAUCAAGACACUCAUUUUACUUCGGAGUAUUCCAACAGCCACAUUGUUACACAAGUGCAACCAGCCAAUUACAGGAAGCCGAAGGAUUUGUUUUGGCCAGUGACGGUUAAGGUAGUGUGUACCAUACUUUCUUCGCCCGAGACUUUGCUGCAAUGUGUAGCUCCUCAUUUAACCCUCGCACCCGAUUUCUCGAGUAUUCGGCUGAGUAGACCGGGGGGCUGCAUAGACCACUCAGGAUCCUUAGCUGAACAUCAACGACGCUCACCCCACGACCAGGCAGACAGUGGGAUUCGAACUCGCAACCUCACGAUUGCAAAGCUGGCGUUGUAACCAACUGCGCUACCUGGCCGACUGAUACCCAUCAGCUGAUGAAAAUCUUUUUUGCUAUAUGAUUGUUGGGGAACUACUGAGUUACUGAUUACGACGAAAACAGUGAAAAAGAGGGGCUGGUAUGCCACACCAACCGCUAUCGACGAAAUCUUAUUAAACUUUCAGCGAAUCUAAGUUUGACUCAUAUCUGUAAUCCCUGAAAUUUUUGUAAAAUUCUAAAACGUAUUUCAAGAGUUAUUUAAGGGUUACGUUAGCAAGUUACUUCUGGGCCACCCUGUAAUUAUAAGCUAUUAUAAUAUUAUAUCGGUUAAGUUCAUAUCCGUGCCGUAUUAUUUUUGACGGUUUUUAGACAAAGUUUCAUCAUUGGAAAUACUUGACCUAGGAAAUUAAUUGAUUUAGUUUACAAUUACAAUCAUAAUAUGAAUGUAUUCAAAUGAGUCAUGAAUUGGUUUGUAAUUUCUAUUUCUAUUUAUUUUGCAUCAAGCGGACAUAAACGUAGAAUGCUUACAAUUGGAUGCUUACAAUUUUGAUUAUAAUUUGUCAGCUUCAGGAAGUUAUA